UUGCUUGAGGGUUGAAUCUUCACUCCAAGAGCAAGAGGACACCACGGCGGUGGCCUCCUCUCACUAGUCAUGGAAAAUCCACGCUAAACUCCAUGAAAGCCACCUUCUUUGAUCCAAUAAUUCAACACCCACGUUUUCAAAACCCCCCUCAAACCUCCUAUUUCAACCAUCAUCUACCAUUCCCAAAAAUCCUCACAGGAAAUGGAUCUUGAUGAGUGGGAGUACCUCCCUGAUGAUGCGUUCCUUGAUUUCCAUGAAGAUGGUGAGAAAAGGGUUUUCUCGGGCAAACGUAAUUCUGAUCCAAAAACUGUUUUCAACAUGGAUUACUUCAUAUGCCCAUCUCCAAAUUCUAGGAAAGUCAUGGAACCUCCAGGUCAAGUUGUACCACUUCCAAUUGAUUGGGAACCAACAAGUGGCGGUGGCGGCAAGGCCCGGGAGGAUGAUCUGGUGAAGGGCAUCGCUAAGGUUCCUAUUGAAGUCAGUGUUUUGCCAUCAGCUGUUAUCACUGAAAGAAUCAAAGCUAUGGAUGCUGAUCAAGACUCGGUUUCACAAGUUUUCUUCAAAAUGAAGGAAAAUGAAUUUGUCGACAUGAAAAUGGACUCCCCAAAGUCUGGUGCUAGGGGGUUUUUGCCUCAAAUCGAAACGGGAACGCUUCAAUUUGAGGAAAAAAGUGAGGCCUUGGAGAGUAAAACCUCCCCAAGAAUGAAAAUUGAGAAAGAUAUGGCAAUGGGCAAGAAAAGCAGCAUAGACAUUGAUUGUGAUAGCAACAAAGAGGAGGUCUCUUGGGAAGAGACUAAUGGUAGGCUGAACAUAUGGAAGUGGAGCUUGACUGGGAUUGGAGCUAUUUGCUCUUUUGGUGUUGCUGCUGCUACAAUCUGUAUUAUAUUCUUUGGAAGCCACCAAAGAAACAAACAACACCAGCAGAACCAGAAGUUUCGGUUCCAGAUCUACACUGAUGACAAGAGAAUUAAGCAAGUGGUGCACCGCGCAACCAAAUUGAAUGAAGUAAUAUCAGCAGCAAGAGGAGUUCCCAUGGCCAGAGCUCAGAUCACUUUUGGUGGUUACUAUGAUGGUCUUUAAAGCACUGCCUCCAAGCAAUUCUGGUCCUUCCUAAGACUCAACCAUCAGAUUGAAUUGCCAUGUUAAUUCUACCAUAUUUGCAUAAGGUCGUUUGUAAAUAAACUGUAUGUGCCAUAUCCGGAUCUUCAGCAAUUUUUAAUCCGAAUUGCUAGUAAUCCGUGUAGUAUGUGAUAGAGCUCUUAUGGGUCUAUUUGCCGGAAUAAGUCCUAGGUUGCCCUCGCAUUUGUUCCAACAGAUUGGACUCAUAAGACUCUCACAUUUGCUGCUCAAAUUACUGACAAUUCAAACAACAAAAUUGUUGAGAAUCUCUAUCCUAUCCUUAUGGGCCAUAUGUAUAGAUUCCGAAUCCUCUUUGUAUUGUCGAAUCCUUAUGGUCAUACAUAUCCAUAUCCAUAUCCGACUGCUGAUAUUUUGGUUUUAUGUAAUGCGAUCUAAUUGGAGCACUGCACAGUGUCUA